AUGAACCGUGUGGGUUGGGGGCAUACCUCCCCCAGUAAUUUUGCCAGGCACAAUGGGACAGGGGUCACAGUCAAAGAAAGUGACCUUUCUGGAGAUGACCUUCGCCAUUAUAAGAGAGGAUUUGAACUGUACUUGUACAAUUCUUUUGUCAGUGAUCUCAUUUCUUUGCACCGGAAUUUUCCGCCAGAUAUUCCAGAAAAGGGGUGCUAUGAUAUUGAAUAUGACGCCAAGUUACCGGAAGUAAGCAUUAUAAUUCCAUUCAGAAACGAGGGUUUUACUACACUACUAAGAACAGUACACAGUGUUUUAGACAAAUCUAAUUCGGAUUUUCUCAGGGAAAUUAUUCUGGUGGAUGAUGGAUCGAAUCUGGAUGAUUUAAAAACUAAACUUUCUCGGUACAUUUCGUACCUUCCAAAGGUUAUUCUUAUUCGAUUACCUGAAAGUAAAGGGCUUAUGACGUCACGGCAAACUGGCAUAAACCAUGCAAAGUCGGACGUCAUCAUCGUAAUGGACUCACAUUUAGAGGUAGCACCAGGGUGGUUGGAGCCUUUAUUGCAGAGAAUAAAAGAUGAUCCUAAAGUCAUGGUCUUCCCCGCCAUGGGCUCAAUUAACAGUGACACUUUUGAAAUCACGAACGGCAAGCUAUCUGACCCGGUAUACAUGGUCACAUUUGAUUUCUACAUGGCAGAAAAUCACGUGCCGACAAAAUCGGAAUAUCUGAACAGUCGGCCUCACAGACUUGCUCCAAUAAAAGCACCUGGUAUUCAAGGUAUGGCUUUCGGAAUCAACAAGACGUUUUUCCAGAGUCUUGGGGGGUUUGACCUUGGAAUGAAAGUCUGGGGAGCUGAACAAUACGAGCUUUCUAUCAAGGUGUGGCAAUGUGGUGGGUCAGUGGAGAUGAUACCGUGCUCUAACGCCGCCCACCUGUAUCGGAACGUGGCCUGGGUAAAAGAUCUGAACAAGGCAAAGACAAACAACAACGAUAGAGUCAUUGGCGUCUGGAUGGACGAUUACGCCGAAGUAUUUAAAGAAAUGUCAGGCAAAACGGCAAGUAGAACUAGUGGAGACAUUACGGAAAGGCUGAUGAUCAGAAAAAAGAACAACUGCAGAUCUUUCCAAUACUUUUUAGACACUAUACGCCAAUAUGUACACUAUUACGUUCCCGAAAAUUUAAAGGCCAAAGGAAUGAUACAGAACAAUGCGUCUAACCUUUGUGUAGAUGGUAGGACAAAUGGCUAUGGUUCUAAUGAACUCUUGCUUGCCUACCCUUGUCACCACUCUGGUGGACCGCAGUACUGGGAAAUGUCCGCAAAUAAUGAAUUACGUCAUGGAAUGAUGUGUUGCUUGAAGAAGGACAACAAUGUUGCUGUACAAUCCUGUGGCGUCAGCAACAAUCAGGAAUGGUCAUACGACCAGUCAGGACAAAUGAUACACAGUGAAAGUGGACUCUGUCUGACCAUAGUGGACAGUUACAAACCGAUCAUCCUGGCGAGUUGCCAACAUUUACCAACCCAGCUGUGGAGCAUGCGAAGAACUUAAAAUUUACAGUUACAUUUUUUAAAAUC